AUGGCGCUCUGCCAAGAGUUCAAGCCUGUUAUAAUAGUGUGCAUUCCUUGUAUUGUCAUUCCGGUUCUGCUCUUGGUCUGCAAAAAAUUCCUGGAGCCAUACAUAUACCUUCCGAUUUCCCCUUUUGUUAGUUGUAUAUGGCCUAGAAAAGCUGUUCAAGAAUCCAAUGAUAAAAAUAAAGGCAAAGUAGACUGUAAAGGUACAGAUAUAAGUGGAUUACCAACAAGAGGACCAGCAGAAAUCUCUGAUAAAAAGAAAGACUAA